AUGUAUCGCAUGAACCAAAUCCACGAAGCGGAUCGUGAUUUCCAGCGGAUCCUUUGGCGAUGGUCUAGCGACGAUGUAGUAAAAGAAUAUCGCCUAAACACCGUCACUUACGGGACGAAAAGUGCUUCAUAUCUGGCGACAAAAUGUGUGCAGCAGCUAUUAGACGCGCAUCGUAGGCAGUAUCCAGUAGCAGUAGGAAAAGCGGAGAAAAACACAUAUGUGGACGACAUCUUAACGGGCGCUGAAUCCGAAGAGGAAGCAAUCCUACUACGUCAACAAUUAACAACAAUGUUUGCAUCCGGUGGCUUUCAUCUACGGAAGUGGGCAUCGAACUGUACAGCUGUUCUAAAUGACAUCCCGGCGAAAGACAGAGAGGUGAAAUCAUCCAUCGAGAUCAACGAGUCCCGCACCAUCAAGGCCCUCGGCAUCCACUGGCAGCCACGCAGCGACGAGUUCCAGUUCUCCAACACACCGAACAAGAUCCUUCAGCCCACAAAGCGGAUUAUGCUCUCGCAAAUCGCCAGCAUAUUCGACCCUCUUGGACUACUGGCCCCAAUCAUCGUCAGAGCGAAGCUGAUCCUGCAGCAGUUGUGGGAACUGAGGGUGGACUGGGAUGAAACUCUCCCAGGUGAGUUUGUUCAAAAUUGGUUUUCAUUUGAGCAAAGCCUUUCCGAUCUCAAUUACUUACAGGUACCUCGACGAGUGAUCGGCGUUCAACAACCGACCAGAAUCUAUCUGCACGGCUUCAGUGAUGCGUCAGAGCGAGCCAUGGGAGCGUGCGUCUACAUUCGAGCUGCUGACGAAAGAGGAAACACAUCAUCACAUCUGCUGUGCGCGAAAUCUAAAUUGGCGCCUAUCGGAAAUGGACGGACCACGUUACCUCGCCUGGAGCUGUGUGCGGCAGUGAUUUUGGCCCGCCUGAUGGCGAGCGUUAUCGCGGCAAUCUCAACCCCUUUCAUCGAAAUACGAGCUUAUUCGGACUCCACAGUGGCACUAGCAUGGAUUUAUGGCGGUGCGUCGAGAUGGAAGACGUUUGUUGCCAACCGCGUGGCUGAAAUCACCACAUUACUUCCGGCAAUCAACUGGCAGCACUUGGACACCAACAACAAUCCUGCAGACUUGAUCUCGCGCGGUGCUCUACUAGCGCAAAUUAUUAACAAUUUACUCUGGUGUCACGGACCAUGCUGGACAAGCACAACCAGUGACCAUGUAUCUUCACAAGUCCUUCCCGCGCUCGACGUGACUCUGCAGAGACAAGUAGAGAGAGAACAACGUUCAAUUGCCGUAGCAUGUAUAGCUACGUAUGAUAAUGACUUCCUCGACGCGAUGUUAUCUCGGUACUACCCAAACCUUCAGCUUCUUAUACGCAUCACGGCCCGGAUACUACGUUUCAGUCAUCGAGAAUUUAGAACUACGAAUCGUUUAACGCCAAAGGAAAAAGACAACGCAAUGAGAGUGUAUGUGCGGCACGUACAGAGCCAGCACUACUGGAAGGAAAUCUUUCAACUGGACAGUAAACGGGAAAUCAACUCGAUCCGUCAACUGCAAUCGUUUCUGGACGAAAACCGUCUCCUCAGGGUGGGCGGUAGACUGCAGCUGUCAGAACUCAACUACGAGUCGAAGCAUCCGAUCCUGCUGCCUAGCCACUCAACUCUCACCGCGCUUAUUCUCCAUCAUGAGAAUCGCGAGCAACUUCACUGUGGUCCGCAAUCGUUACUAGCGGCGGUUCCACGGCGCUUUUGGAUUGUUCGUGGAACGAGUGCAGCUCGGAAGACGUGUCGAUCCUGCGUCGAAUGUGUUCGUGCAAGACCAGUUCCAUUGCAUCAGAUGAUGGGUCAACUACCAGCGGAUCGCUUGAAACCGAAUCCGCCUUUCUCCAUCACCGGCAUUGACUAA